UGUUCUCGUUGCUAACUGUUUCCUAGUACUCUGUUAAGGCUUUUCAAAAAUGAAAAUGCUAGAGUUUUUGUCCAAAACGCAACUCGUUCCGAAAAUAUACAGACUGGGUAUUUCAUUGUUUAGCGGUUUCCACGCUCUACUUUGGCAUUCUUGUCGUUUCAUGAAAUAUUAACAGUUUCACCUUACACUGGAACAUUAUGAAGCAGUGAAUUUCUAUGGGACUGUAAAUUUGAGAUCACUGGUCAGCUCCAAUGCAGACACUGUGGUCGCAAAAAUGGCUGCUCAUGCUGCAUCUUCUAAGAGUCGGCACCGGAAUCCUCCCACUUAAUGCAGUUAGUGGAUAUAUUUUGCAGUCUGUGCAGAUUGCCGACAAAAUCGACUGUUUUUUCCGAAACGCUGUUGACGGUAAACUCUAUGUUAAAACAAACGGAAGCGUGUCGAUCUUGGACUCCAGCAUGCAGCGACUAACUGCACUCCCAGUUAAGGGAUUAAGUAGUACUAGACUCCCAGCUUAGGCCACUGGUCCUACCACUUUGACCUUACGAUGCUUUACAAGCAAGCGGACAAUGGCAAAUGUACCAGAGCUAUCCCGCCAACUUUAUCAAUUACAGAAGUUUUGGGAGGAAAAUUUAUUUGCACCCGCUUCGCUGAAUCUCGAGUACGGAUGCCUCCAAGACGAAAAGGCUUCUCCUCGUACAACUACGUCGCAUACAGACCAUCCAAACGGUCUCCCAAAAAUACGGAAUAAUUCUGGGCCAUGGAGUUGCCCCGAAGACAUCUGGGAUAAUAUCACGUAUAGUUUCGUUACGAGUAGGACAAGUUUUCGCAUAGUUCGUAGUAAAACCCGUGGAUCUGAAAUCUGGUAUCGGAACUCAACGAAAUCGUGCUACUGGGAGUUUCUUCGCACCGUGAACUGCAACACAAAAACCAACGAAGAGGACACAAUAAUCGAAUUUUCGGAGAUAAGAUCAGUUCUCUACAGUGAAAAGGGCAAGUCAAGUUCGCUAUUUAUGCUCUUCACAGCACCCCGUGAAUUGUCUAUCGUGUGCGAAUACCAGUGGGAGAGCGGCAAUACAGACGUCAAGGAGUCGUGGAAACGAUCAGCCACUUCUCAGAUUUUCACCUCAACUGCCCGGCAGUUGUACAAGACAGAUUUUGAUGGAAUGGAAAUUCUACUCGUGCUCGAACAUAACCAGAUCAAAAUGGUACAUUCGAUAUGGCUGCCUUUGCUGAAUAACUCUAUCGAACCACAAGCAAUACUGGAUCGUCAUUUCGGACGCAACGACGACACAAUUGUCAACUCAGACACCACGCCCCUCAUUACUGAUAUGGCGGUUAAGGGAAACGCGAGUCACAUCUACGUGUCCACACGCUCCAUGAUUGCACUGGUCAGUCUCGACAAUUGCACCCGUUGCACAAACUGCAUGGAAUGUUUGAGAUCUGGCGGCAGUCAUUGUGGAUGGUGUCCAACAACGAAGCGGUGUUCGUUCAAACAGUUCUGCAAACUGGAUAAGAGCGAUUCAACCUUAACCCGCUCGAGGUCUGCAUGGAUCGAUAGCCUCACAAACAACGACGACCUUUGUGCCGAUAUUGUUGUCCCUGGUGCACCGCUCCCGCACAAACGGAAACCCACAGGAGGCAGUCCACACCGAUCUAAAACGCUCAGAUAUCUUCGCAGUACGGCGCCUAGCAUGGUUGUUGUUGCUUCUCGUCCACCGCGGUCCGUUGGGCUGAUCUCCACUGAAAAGCAAGUGGCACUUACAGCGCUGGAUGUGGCACUUUGGGCGGUUGCUGCUAUUGUCGUGAUACUGUUCUUAACGACACUUGUUUAUCUUGUCCGCUACCUGGAAAUACGCAAGGCCAAUCGCAAGCUGAUCAAGCGGCUACAAGAUAAGUAUCCGCAAUGCCGCGGGAUGAAGUCUUGCAAAAGGAUCCGGGAAACUUUACGGGAGGAGGCAGCUCUUGCUCAAGAGCGCCAGUGCAUAGUGCAGUACGCUAUCUUCGAGCGUGGAGACGGUUAAUGACUUUCUCUCGAAUAUCUGUUAUUAACGAACCAUUUUGCGGGAGCUGACGACCACCGUUAUUUAUUGUGAACUUAUUCAUGUUUGCAUAUACGAGUAGCUUGGCAGUAUUGUACAGUCUGUACUUCAUUGGUAUCCUAAACUAAUUAUCUCAAUGGAGACUAUAAAAUUUCCAAGUUUUAUUGCUAGUGAGAACGCUAGUUUUAUUGCUAGUGGAUAGAAUGAUCUACUAAUUACAAAGUAUAUGUAAUUUCAUGUUUUCUACAUGAAAGUAAAAAGUUUCGAUUUGUUUCAAGUUGUGGUGUUUAGUUCUUUUAAUUUGCCUUAAAAUCGGUUUAAUUACGAGUUUCAGUUAUUAUUGUGUAUCCUCUUUUGUUUCGCCAUUGUCCUGGUUUGGCUUCCCGUGAUGUCAUUAAUGGUCACCGCGAGGAAAAUAAUGCGCGUAUCAAGGCUCUGCGUACACACGCCUGUUUCUUGCAAGUGUUUUCAAAGUUUCGGGCUAUUACGCACUGUGUGAACCGGCUAAGCUUCCAAAAACCGGGGUCGUUCGUUUUCACUUAAUUCCGCUUCAGCUCGGUGUGCAUACUCAGAAUGGU